GUCGAUGACCUAGUUAAAUAUUCUAUCGGCUGAAUUGCAGCAUAUGCAUUUCUUACAAUUUUUAUUUUUAUAAUUUAUAAAUAAAAAACAUGUCGCUGGUGCGCAAGCUAAGCAGUUACACACUGCAAUCGAGUCGUGUUUGCAAUUGGAGUCGCCAAGUAUCCGCCACACAUCGGUUGUUCAGCACAGAUGGAACUACGAGCGAUAAAAAUGUGAGCAAUGAUGAGCCGGAAAAUUCGGCCAAAGGAGGAUUUGCGCGUGCCUUCGAGAGAUAUACGGCGCCAGCGGAGCCAGAGGUAGAGCCCGUGGACAAUCAAAGCUUUGCAUCACUGCUGCGCAACUCCAAGUUCAUUGAUCUGGGCGAUGCGGAGGGCAAAGUUGUUAGUGGUAAAAUAUUUCACGUUGUCGGCGAUGAUUUGUACAUAGAUUUUGGCUGGAAGUUUCAUUGCGUGUGCGCGCGACCAGCAAGGAAUGGCAGCGACUAUGUGCGCGGGGCACGCGUUCGUCUGCGCGUCAAGGAUCUGGAGCUGUCUACUCGUUUCCUCGGCUCCGAGAAGGAUAUAACUAUACUCGAGGCAGAUUGCCAGCUGUUGGGAUUGAUAGGAUCGCCUACGCGUCAAACAAACCCACGAACCGAGUUCAGCGCACCACGAAUCGAGAAUUUGCUCUAAAAAAACUACACAAAAAUCUAUUCAGUGCAUUAAACUAAAAAAGAAACAAAA